AUGAGAACUCAUACGGGUCAAAAGCCGUUUUCAUGUGUGACCUGUGGAAAAUGUUUUAGUCAUAAACGGGAUUUAACUCGGCACAUGAUGAUUCACACUGGUGAAAAGCCGUUUUCAUGUGUGACCUGUGGAAAAAGUUUUAUUCGAAAACAGCAUUUAACUGGACACAUGAGAACUCAUACAGGUGAAAAGCCGUUUUCAUGUGUGACCUGUGGAAAAAGUUUUGGUUAUAAACUGGCUUUAACUCGGCACAUGAUGAUUCACACUGGUGAAAAGCCGUUUUCAUGUGUGAACUGUGGAAAAAGUUUCGGUUAUAAACUGGCUUUAACUCAGCACAUGAUGAUUCACACUGGUGAAAAGCCGUUUUCAUGUGUGACCUGUGGAAAAACUUUUAUUCGAAAACCGGAUUUAACUCAGCACAUGAUGAUUCACACUGGUGAAAAGCCGUUUUCAUGUGUGACCUGUGGAAAAACUUUUAUUCGAAAACCGCAUUUAACUAAGCACAUGAUGAUUCACACUGGUGAAAAGCCGUUUUCAUGUGUGACCUGUGGAAAAAGUUUUGGUUAUAAACCAGCUUUAACUCAGCACAUGAUGAUUCACACUGGUGAAAAGCCGUUUUCAUGUGUGAAGUGUGGAAAAUGUUUUAGUCAUAAACCGACUUUAACUCAGCACAUGAGGAUUCACACAGGUGAAAAGCCGUUUUCAUGCGUGACCUGUGGAGAAAGUUUUAUUCGAAAAGGGGAUUUAACUCAGCACAUGAGGAUUCACACAGGUGAAAAGCCGUUUUCAUGUGUGACCUGUGGAAAAAGUUUUAUUCAAAAACAGCAUUUAACUGGACACAUGAGAACUCAUACAGGUGAAAAGCCGUUUUCAUGUGUGAACUGUGGAAAAAGUUUCGGUUAUAAACUGGCUUUAACUCAGCACAUGAUGAUUCACACUGGUGAAAAGCCGUUUUCAUGUGUGAACUGUGGAAAAAGUUUCGGUUAUAAACUGGCUUUAACUCAGCACAUGAUGAUUCACACUGGUGAAAAGCCGUUUUCAUGUGUGACCUGUGGAAAAACUUUUAUUCGAAAACCGGAUUUAACUCAGCACAUGAUGAUUCACACUGGUGAAAAGCCGUUUUCAUGUGUGAACUGUGGAAAAAGUUUUGGUUAUAAACUGGCUUUAACUCGGCACAUGAUGAUUCACACAGGUGAAAAGCCGUUUUCAUGUGUGAACUGUUUAAAAAGUUUUAGUAAUAAACAUUAUUUAACUAAGCACAUGAGGAUUCACACCGGUGAAAAG